AUGCUGGAGCUACACGUUUGGGGCCCAGUUUUUGGGGCCCCCUCUAUUGAUGCCGAAUGCAUCGCUGCCAUCACAUAUCUACACAAUGCGGUCCGGGAUUCUCAGGAUUACCGCAUCGUUCCGAGCAACGACACCUCAGUGAGUCCAUCAGGCUUGCUUCCCGCCUUGAACCAUGACGGGGUUUGGACGAGCGGCUACGCCGCGAUAGUAAGAUACCUCGGCUCAAACGCGGCGCCGGCUGAUGCUCUCGACCGCGACCUGGACGCCACCCAGCGGGCCGAUGUUGCUGCCUACAGCGCCUUUCUCAGCAUCCACGCCUCGGCCCUGCUCGACAUCUCUCUCUACGUCUCGGCGGCCAACUGGUCCGCCGUGACGCGGCCCGCGUACUCGUCGCUGCUCCGAUUCCCCCUGACGUGGACCGUGCCGCCGCUGAUCCGCGCCGAGGCCAUCCAGCGCGUCGAGCAUCUCGGCCUCGCAGAGCUCGACACGGACUUUGAUCCUCACGGCGGUCUGCAUCUCACUGCGGGCAGAGACGCCUUGCCGGAAACGUUUCGCAAGCAUCUCCCAGGAACGUCCAAGCACAAAAACACGGUCAAGGAGGAAAUGACGCCUGAGCAAGCCGUUGCGAUUCGCCUUUUUAGUCUGACCGAAAAUUGCUUGGCCACCUUGGAAACUCUUUUAUCAAAAUCGGAGAAACCGCCGCGCUUCUUUCAAGAGCAAAGCACGAGGCAAGGCUUAACCUCGCUGGACUGUCUGGCUUUUGGCUAUCUUGUUCUGAUGCUAAAGGCCCCCGUGCCUCGGGCGUUUUUGAAGGAUUGGGUGGCAGAACACGCUCCACACAUCACCUCGUUCGUUGAAGAUGUACUGGCAAACGCCUUUCCAUCAACAAGCAGUAUUGUGUGGGUUCCUUCGCCACGGCGCGGCCAUCUUUCAGCCGCUGGCAGACUGCUCGACUCUAUUGUUCGGCACAUGCCCGUUCUCGGUGAGCAUUACGCCAGCGAGGCACGCCGCCGCUAUGAACGAAAAAUUGUCGGCAUCGACCGACGGAGCGUGUCGCUAGCGACGGGGCUGCUCUUCAGCGGCGCUGCCUUUGGCUACUUGGUGUAUUGGUACCGCAGCCUCGCCCCGUUCGGCGCCCGCUUGCAGAUUUGGCGUUCGUAUAAAUCCGGUAGCUCUCGUCUCAGUCAGUUUGGCGAGCUCGGUUCCAUGCUUGAUAGUGUUCUUGGGCCUGUUCGGCCUGCUGCGAGUCCCAUGGCCGCUGGUGCUGGAACAGGUGGUCAGAUUGUCGACAUUGACUCAGAGGUUGACUGA